AUGGCACACAUCCACUACCAAAAGCCAAAGGGGAAAGCGAAGUGCUACUGCUAUCGCUGUAUUGAAAUCUGCAGCGGAUUCCUCCUGGUGAUGCUGGUGGCCAUGGUCAUCACUCUCCUGCGUUAUUUUCUAGAAUUCUUGGGGCUGACAUUGUCAGCAGAUGCUGGGAACAAAACAAAAUUCCUGACCAACACAACCAUAAAUCUUGUGUCGUCGGGCAACCAACUCAUGCUCAGUGAGGGAUUUCAAUUUGCCAAGACACCGUCUCACACCUCAGCCAUGAAUGGCACCAGUUCACUCCUGAAAUCGAUGCCUCCUCAGAGCAAAGUGUGGGAGGAGAUGGAUUCUCCUCAGAGGCAUACUGAGGAGACCCUUCCAUGGACUUCUUCACCCCCAUUAAUUUCGACGCCACGAACCGCCUCGCUGCAAGGGUUCCCUUCAGCAUCAUCGCUAAGGCCUCCUCAGCAGCUGCUGACCCGACUCGACGGCACGCCACGAUUCGCAGCUGUGGAGACAGAAUGGAUGUCUCCACAGCUGCGAAUCGUGGUCACGCAACAGACUUCUUUGCCUCAGCGGACCACACCGACAGAGCCAGAAUCUCCUCACCAGCUCACCUCAGUGGCAGAAUCGACGUCACCCCACAAACUCACCGCAGCAACCAAGCUGACCUCUCUACAGCAGCUGACCCCAGCUUCCUCACCCCAGCUAACCUCAGCCAUGGAACAGAUGUCCUCACCUCAGCGAACUUCAACUGUGCGACUGACUUCCCCACAGCUAACCACAAUGGCAAAGCUAACUUCGUCACAGUGGAUAGUUGCAACCACAAAAUGGACAUCUCUUCGCCAGUUCUUCUCAGCCAUUCAGUCUUCUCCUUGGCAGCUAACCACAGCCAUGAACCUUGUGUCUCCACAGAUAACGUCUACAGCCCCGAAACAGACAUCUCCUGGUCAGCUAACUUCAGCCAUUAAACAGAGGUCUUUACCUCAGUUAAUCACAGCUAUGAAUCUGAUGUCUUCACAGCCGUUGACCACAGCCAUGAAACCGAGGUCUCCUCCACUAACUUCAGCCAUUAAAUCAAAGUCUUUACCUCAGCUAACCACAGCCAUGAACCUUGUGUCUCCACAGAUAAUGUCUACAGCCCUGAAACGGACACCUCUUGGUCAGCUAACUUCAGCCAUUCAACAGAAGUCUUUACCUCAGCUAACCACAGCCACAAAUGUGAUGUCUCCACAGCCACUGACCGCAGCCAUGAGACACACAUUCCCUGGUCGGCUAACUUCAGUCAUUAAAUUGGUUGACACGCCAUUAAAUUUAAAUUAAGUUUGACAAAUCAAUCAAUCAGUCAAUCAGUUAAUCAAUCAAGGCCCUCUUCAAAGCCGUUGACCACAGCCAUAAAAUGGAUGUCUGCCCAGCAAACCUCCGCCAUUAAAUCAAGGAGCUCGCUUGCCUUCCCCGGCCUACAAGUAACAGCUGCUUUUGCCUCCACCAUGCCAUGCCCCCACAGUAAUGGCGGCGUGGUGAAGGCAAGCACUGGGCCCCGGAAGACGUCCCCCUCCCGCAUCCCAAGGGGCCCCAUGCCACCAGUGUGGGGGCUGCUUGCACCAAGAGAGCCGCCACGUUCAACGCGGCCUCUCCUUCCCCCUGGCUUGCUGCCAGAAAUGGUGGUGGGCCCGGUGGAAACCUUUUGACACGGCACUGAUCGUUCACACGAUCGCCUGCCGGGAUUCAAUGGACCGCACUCUGACUGGCAGCGUCUCCAAGGUUGCAGGCAGGAGUCUCCCUCCCAGCCCUACCUGGAGAUGCUGCCAGGGACAAAACUUGGGACCUUCUGCAGGAAAAGCAGUCGCUCUCCCACUGAGCUACGGCCUCGUCCCUGGCUUGGACCGCUCUCUUGGGAGAGCUAAUGGAUGUCAGUCAGAUGAAGCCUCAAGUUCAGAGGCAUUAUAAAUGUUGGCUGGUCUUCUGUUCUGAGCCAUUGUCUCUCCAAGGCUUCCUGCUUUGACACAGAAGCUGGAAAUCUGAUGAGUUAGAUAAUUAGUCCUUAACGCGAGCCGAUUUCUUCCAGAGGCAGGUGCCCAGCUUUGGAGCCAUGUCAAGUUGCAAGUAACUUCUCCGACCAGUCGGGCAGGAGGAAUGUGGCAAGGUGCCCAGGCACCAAUCUGCCCAGAGACAAAAGAGGGAUCUGCUGUCUACACAGCAUUUUCCAUCUCUUUCCUGCUCACAAAUCAUGCCCAAUCCACCUGUUCACACAGCCUAAAUGCUUCGUGACUGAACCCUUCUCCAUGUUUGAGGGGACUUCUGCUCUGGCUUUGGAACCAUCUGUUAGCUGCUGUGAAGCUUUUUAUGAGUUUUUGGCGGACAAAAUCUCUUGUCUUCGAGCCGACCUGGAUUCCAUUGUUGGUGCAGAGUCUUUAGAGGGGGUAUCCAAUAACUCCUCUUGUGCGGUUAUAUUGGAUCAGUUUCAAUUUGUGACUCCUGAGUACGUGAACAAGCGGCUUGGAACGAUGCGUCCUCCCGCCUGUUGACCCUUGUCCAACAUGGCUUUUAUCAACAAUCAGGGAGAUUGUUGGGGAGGGCCUGGUUGAGAUCCUAAAUGCUUCUCUGGGGGAAGGUGGGAUGCCUGUCUGUUUAAAGGAGGCAAUUAUUAGACCUCCUUUUCAAGAAGCCUGCACUGGAUCCCCCUCAGGUUUAGGCAGUUAUAGGCCUGUCUCCAAUCUCCCGUGGUUGGCCAAGGUGAUUGAAAGGGUGAUGACCUCUCAACUUCCGGCAGUCUUGGAUGAAAAAGAUUAUCUAGUGGAUGGGUUCAAAGUACCUGAGCCCCCCAGCUCCUGAGGGCCCCCCAACUCUACCAUUAUCUUCAUUAUCUCCCUCACUCUGAAGGGCUGCCAGGGAGAGGGGUGAACCCGGCUUCUCUCUCCUCUAGCUACGUCCCUGGACCCAAUGGAUGAUCUCCAAAGGGGAAUUGACAGAGGGAGUGUGACUCUGUCAAUUCCCCAAGCUGUAAGUCUUGCAAUGCGGUCACCUUUCCUGUUCCUAGGGGUGCAGCAGACCUGGUCAAAGAUCACAAGGAACACUCUUCCAAGCCACCCCUCUCCAGCCGGCUCAUUUAUUCCUUUCUCCACACCCUUGAGCAAAAUCAUCAAAGAGGUGCUACUCUUUUCCCUGCAAAAUUUUUUCCCCAAAUUCCUUCCAAUGAAGGAUGUUGCAUUUCUGCUUGUCUGAAGACCCAGGGACCCGGCCAAAAGGACCCCAGAAAGUGGCCAGUUUUGGUCUUCCUCAGAUCAUCAGUGGAAGAGAAGCUCCCCAGCCAUUCUUCCUGCCCUCAAAUUUUCUUGUUUCCAGGGAAGGAAUUGACAAAUAUAAACCCAGAGAAGUGAAGGACAUCUACUGAUAAAUCUCAGUCGGCAGGAACCUUGGACAGUGAAGGUCUCUUUGCUGAGAUUUGUCUGGAAGAAUGCCAUGGCGGAACAUCUUUGCGUGCUUGAACUCAAGCCGGCGUGUGCCUUUCUUCUCUGCCAAGGACCCCAGACUUCCACUAUGAUGUGCCAGUAAGCAGCCACACUGGUGUUCCUGUGGACAUACAGGUUAAACAGCAUCACCAAUUACAAGUUCAUCCCUGGAGGCACUGCCUGACUGCCGUCUGGGGCCAGCAGAAGCUUUUCUCAUUCAUCACAAGGCGUCUUCUUCUUUUGCAUGCCCAGAGCGGAUGGAGUGGAUCAGUGGAUCUGCUCCAGAAAGCAAAUAAGGGUUCUUUCCAUCAGAUAUCGGUGCAGAACACUUUUCAUCUGCAUGAAAGCGCCGUCACCGUUUCCUUACUUGGAAGCACUGAUCCAGAUUAGAUGUCCAUAUUUCCCUAUCAUUAUGUGCUUUAACAAACUUGUUCUUGUUGAACACCCACUUUAAGUAGUGGCCACCAGGAAUGCGACUGCAUUGUGUCCCGUGAAUGGAGGGUCAUUCCCACCCACCCCCACCCCAUCCAAGACUAUAUCUGCAGUGAGAGUAGAAUGGGACGUUGCUGUGGUCAUAGGAAUGAGAACAGCGGGGUUCUUCUGCAUUCUGUAAACACAGUAUAUACACGGCUGCACUGAUCCAGCUAGAUCCUGAGAGGACUCAAAGCAUUAGUUGCCACAUUCAUUGUCCCAGAUCAAGGAAGCCAAGGCACAUGAAACAGUCACUUUCAGCCACAAACUGGCUGAAUAUUUAGAUCAUAUGUUUUUACCUAAGUUGAGGAGAGCACGUUGUUCGUGUUAUUUUGUAUUGACAAUUUCGUAGGGAUGCUUGCAUUAAGUUUAUUGCUCCUCUCUUAAAGAAUCAUCCUGGAUCAAUUUUACUUGGAUUUUUUGCUGUCAAUUUUUAAAUCUGUUACCGCUAUAAAUGUGGCCAAGUUUUGUUUCGUUGCAUCCAAACUCCGUAGAGCUUGUAUUAGCAACUUGAAUAUUUUGUAAAUUAUAAAUGUAUUAUUUUAAAUGUUAAACUGGUCUAAGGACCGUAAUAAAUUGACUCCUACUACUA